AUGCAUACAGCUCUUUAUAGAGAGCGGAGAAAUACAGUUGCAGUUGUGCGGGACAUUUUUAAGAAGCACUGCGAGUCAUUAUUGAAGUUAUCAAACAAAGAAACGUUCCGACCUGAGUGCGGCACAAUAUGGUGGCAGCACUGUUUCGCCGGUCUCCCAUGCAGUGUUGAGCAGUUGUUAAAGCAGCGACAACAGCUGCUACUGCAAAGGGAAGCAGCACGUUCGGCUGCCGCAGCAGCAGCAAGUUCUGUGGCAAACAUGGCGGAUGCGGUGCAUCAGGCAGCUAGGGCUGCUACUAACGCUGCAAUCACUGCUGCAGGCACUGCUACAUCGAGUUCUACAGAAGACGCAAGAGAUGAACAUGCUGAGGAAGAGCAGCCUUUUCCUAAUGGGGAUAAACGGCAGCGGUUUUUUAAUUGCCUGGUCGAAGGGGAAGUGGCACUGCAUGGCCUGGAGUCCCUCACGGCCCCGGAUUUUUUGGGUCAGAUUCUGCGGAUACUUGUGGCUUCGUUAGCUGAACGAUGCCGACUUGCUUGCGCGUGCGUUUUAGUCAGCAGCAGAUCUCACGAAAGCAAACGCUGUAGAUUCACUCCAGGGGUGGUUGCGGCGUGUUCUGGGCAUUCGGGCACCUACAGCAAUGACCGCUGUAAGGGGCGAUUUUUCCCUUGCCACAUUCCUGCUAUGCAGGCUGCGGCAGACGAACUCCAGCGGCAUGCAGUUGCGCAUGCAGUAACAACAGCUGCUGCUCGUUCCAGUGACGUGGCGUGGGUGCCACCCCUUGCGCUUCUUGCUGCUUGCAUGCGGUGUGAGUGCAUGCUUUCUGCUGGCGCGGGGCUUUGCAGAGUGCUUGGUACAGAUCCUGCCGCUCUAGCAGUGGUAAAUCGGGCAUUGCAGUUGCUGCUACACCGUUUGCAGCAACAGAGAAACGCUGCAGAAACAGAGGGGAACACCUGUACAAAAGAAGCAGACGAAGACAGCCAGAAGGGAGGAAAGGUGCUGGAAGCAGAAUGCGACAUACUAGUCCCAGUACUGUCCUGCAGUGAGAAACGUGCACUGCAGCGAGUCCUUCACCGUUCCAGUGGCACUGCGGAGACUUCUCUAGAUGCAUCAUCACGAUCCGGUGUUCCUCCUAGGGAUUGUGUUCUCCCAUGGCCGCCGUUUGCGGAAGAAUACGUAUUUUUGUUGCUGCCAUGUGUAUCUGAUGGAGUGCAGCAGAAGCAGCAGCAGAAAUGGCGGUUUUACUGUAGGGAGCAGCAUGGCGACAGAGCCUUUGCAGUAGCCCAAGAGCGAUGCUUUCAGUAG